UUCACAACAACUCCUCCUCACACCAACUAUGGAGGAACACAUAUUACGAAUUCGUCGCGCACAGGAAAUCAGAGUCAUAAAUAAGGCACAAGCACAAGCGGCAGCAGUCCCAUUCCGCGACGAUAGGUGGAUGUCCGGCCCCCCAAGUUGCUAUGCUGCGGAUUUCGAGACGCCGCGUCUCCGGCGAUGCCCCUUUUAUCCGGCUACGAUUAACUGGAAAUCCUCCUCCCGCAUUAACAGUAGCCUCGAUAGAUAUAUUUAGAAGGUGUAGUUUAGAGCGGAUAGCCCCUAUAUCCUGAAGGUAUCUGAGAUACAGAGCCGCCUGACUUCUAUUACUACUUUGCCGCUCAGAGAGAAUACCAGAAUACUGCCCUUCUCCAGAUAAUAGAAACGGCGGUGCAAAAGGCCGCUAUCGCAGCCACUCCAAUCCUGGCCGCCAAUUACAUCUAUCUACUGAAGAAUCAGGAGUUAAGGCAAUAUCAUCAAUCCCACAUAUUAGAAAGUGC